UAUUAUCAAAGAUCAUACGCUAAAAAGAAAGCAUUUCUGGUGAUCGGAAGUCGGAACCCUAAUCAGUCUACUGUGUUUAUCCUCGUCUUGCAAGGAAGGAAGAUCCAAUUAGCAACCAUGACUGAGUAUUGGGUUAGUCAAGGUAACAAAUGGUGUGACAUCUGCAAAAUCUUCAUAUCCAACAAUCCAGCAAGCAUUAGAAACCAUGAACUUGGUCAGCGUCACAAGGAUAAUGUUGGAAAUAGGCUCACAACGAUGCGGAAAGAUAAGGAAGCUAAAGAUAAGGAACAAAAACAAACGGAAAAAGCCCUUGAACAAAUUGAAGCAAAAGCCAAGCGGAGCUACGACAAGGAUGUCUCUGCAUCUAAGGAUGUGAAAUUAUUAGCAGCACCCGAUGAAGGGACUGGAACUUUUGAAGGAGAGUGGGAUCUUGACAGUUCUUCAGGAUACUAUUAUAAUAAAACAAACGGUUGCCAUUAUGACCCGAACUCAGGCUUCUACUAUACCGAUUCUUUAGGCAAGUGGGUAACAAGGGAAGAGGCAAUUGUAGCAUGUAAAUCUUCUUUGAAAUCGAUACAAAAGAAUAAAUCGGUUUUUACAAAACCAUCUUCAAUACUUGAAAAGAAUCAUGAAAGUGGGCCUGCGCCCGGUCGUGUUGUGUCUUUGUCUACACCAUUGAAUCCAAUGAGAAGUGUUAAAGGUGCUGCACCAUCUUCUUUGACUGUGAACAAGAGGAAAAGAGAAGAUGUAAAAGCGAAAAAGAGUGUUGUUUCUGGAGAGGAAGCAUCUGCACUUAAGGCAAGAGAGGCUGCAAGGAAAAGAGUAGAAGAAAGAGAGAAAUCAUUUCUAGGUUUAUAUAAAUAAACCCUUCAUGUGAUUGCCAUUAAAACUUGUAGAUUAUUGAUAUUGCAGUUCUGAUUUAUUAUAAAUCUGAGCUGCUUUCUUCUCGACUCGGUUUUAGUAUAUUGUACUUUGAUUGGAUCGAACAAAUUUAUAGUUGUUGUUUGUAAACUUUCAUUUAUUUUGGUUUUAA